AGAAGAAGACAACAUUUUCAGAGGGUCAAGUCAGAUAUGUCUGCUCUGAAAUCAGAAAGGUCUGUUUCGAAGUCCUACUUGUGAUAAUGCUGGAAGAGGCAUGGCGGAGGCAAUUGUCCGUGAGUGGAUUGCCGAUUACAAGUGUAUACGAUCUGCUGAAAUACACAGCUUUGGGUGCACCAUUUCUCAGAACAAUGAACUGAUCCAAGCUGUGUUUACUGUUUUGGAAGAAAAGCGUUAUCAUGAAGAGUUUCUGGAACCUGUGUGUCAUCAGUUCUUCAGCUUCUACAGAUCACGAGAGGAAAAUCUUCAGAAUUUUGCUCGACAAUAUAUACCUUGUCUUAUCGGCCUGUACUUGAGUAGUGUUGCUAAAGGCAAUCGAAAAAAUGUGCGGUGUGUUGAAGUGGUAUUGCUUGGAAUAUAUAAUUUGGAAGUUACAGAUUCUUCUGGGAAAUCCGCUUGUGUGUCUUUUCGUAUCCCAUUACUUUCAAAACCUUCCAUUUAUCAUGAACCAAUGAGCCUCUCUCAUACUGUUUUAUCAGAACGAGCUCUGUCGACAUUAGAAUAUGCUGACAGCCGCAUGGUUACCAUAGGGCCAUAUCCUGAAGUCGAAAAAAUUAAUGCUAGUAAUAGACUGAUGGUUAUGACAGUUCUGAUGUGGCUGUAUAAUCAAUACAUUGGUAACAUGUCAACAUUUUCUCAUAUGUCUGUUUGCAAGAUGUGUUCCAGAAUUGUCAAACAAGGUUUUAAUAGAGCAAAUAGGCCUAACUAUGGAAGUGAAUGUUCUAGUGGAUAUAAUAAUCCUCACCCUCGUCCAAUAGCUAGGAUUCCCGUAUCUUCCUCCCUUCUGUUAGAAAUGAUUCAUGCAGUGUAUUUUGCUACAUUCAAUGGUUUAGCCUCUAUAGGUUUGCAGUCAUUGGAUGAACUUCACAGCAGAGCCAUGCAUGAAAUGUUAUCAGAUGUAUUAUUGGUAACUAAUGCGAUUCGUAAUUCCUUAAAAGUCAAUCCCUCAGGACAACCUUGUGAUGGACCCAUGGGUAUUAGCGUAGCUUUAUCUCCUACUGCAGUUGUUAGUACUGUUUCACGAGCCAUCACUAAUGCAUCUUUUAGAGCAAAGAAACUACCAGAUGAUAUUCCUAUUCAAGAAAAUGAAAGUGGUGAAACUCAUCAAUUAUCAUCCAUCAAUGAAGAAUGUGAAGAGGGAGAAAACCAACCUGCCAAUCACCGUAAUCGAAAACAAGGAAGCAAUAAUUCCUCAUUUGCUUCAGCGAUAACAAAAGUAGGUGUUUUACAACUUAGAAAAGGAAAGGACAAAAAGAAAGAUAAGGAAGCUGUAAAUGGUGAUACAGUAGAUUAUAACAAAGGUAAUGGUAAAAUAAAUGAAACUUCGUCUGUGAGUAAUGAUGAAGAUAGAGUUGAAGUAUGUUUCUCCAAUACUGAUCAGAUGUCUUUGCAUAACUCCUAUUCAUGCAGAACUGAUUUACCUAAAAGCCCAGUAGGAAACAGCAUUCCAAAUGCAGAUAAUUUUGAUUUCAAAGACACUUUAAAUAAUGCCAAAUAUGUCAAUCAUUCAAAUCAGGGGUCAGAAGUAGUGAUCACAAAUGAUGGAACCUGCAUCUUGAAAUCUAUUUUGCAUAAAUCAGAGUCUGCUAAUGGUCUUCAGAAUUCCUCAUUGCAAACUGCUGUUUAGAAUUCUUUUCUUUUAAAAUGUGUGAAGGAUUUAGAUUCAGCUUUUACUGAAUUUUUAGUUUAUUUGUAUAUAAAAGUACAUAUGUAAAAAUGCUCUGAGUGUCAAAUAACCUCAUAAUCUCUUUUCUGCACCCUUGGGAAGUGAGAUAUAAUAAUGAAAAACUAUCAACUUCAUUUUUUCUUUGUCAGUAUAUAAUUGUAUAUAAGUUGUGCAUUCUUUAAAAUGUGGUGUUAAAAUGGUGUAUAUUUGCUUUGCUCAUUUUAUCAUAUUUCUGAUAGUAUAUAAACUUUAGUAUAAGGUUCUAUUCUAAUCUGAUUGAUAAAAAAAGUUGGUUUUAAUUUUUAUACUCAUGUUAUAACUUAUGACUACUGUGAAAUAUCUGUGUAUAUCUUGUGUACCUGGAGUGCAGGUCUUUUGAUCUGCAAAGAUGUGAUCAUUUCUUAAUUUAUUACAAAGGGAAAAUUAUUUGCCAAAACAGUGUUCCAUAAUUGCUUGUUAUUUUUAUGCAUAAAGAUUGAUUUCAAAUUUUUACUUUCUCCUCAAAUAAUAAUUUAUAUAUACUCAAUUCUUAUUUUAGCUUACUGCCUUUUCUUCUUUUUAAUAUGCAUCUCAUUUUAAUGUUAUUUGUGAUACUUAUUAAACACAUCCAUAUAGAGUAAUAAAAUAUUUAUCUCUACAUAGUUACUUUUGAAUAGGCCAUGAGAAUUCUGUCCAGUGUGUUUAUAGUUUGUUUAAAGUACAAUUUAAAAAGAACUUAUAAAUUAAUGAAAUUGUUUUUUUAGUUGUAUGACAUCUUUCUUUCCUUCUCUCAAGAUUUAUGGAAGUGAGCUAUCUCAGUUUUUGUUUGAGGGUUUGAUAUUGAAUUUUGAUAUUUUUUAUUAUUUGCUUUAAAAUAUGGGAAAUUCUCUUACUUAUCAUUUCUAACAUAACUCAUAUAAAUUAGUUUUGGUUCGUCAAUGUAUGAUCUAAUUAAUCACUUUAUCUGUAAUUUAAAUAGUGAUAAAAAUGGGAUCAUGAUCUAUAAACUCAUACUAGUCUUCCUUUUGAAGGAAGUUUUCAUAAAAGAAAAUAAGUGUUGGUGAAAAGAAUAAUUUUUGCAUGAUUUAAAUGUUCUGAAACCCAACAAUUUUGGUCCAAAUCUUCUUUUAUUAUCUUUUACGUAUUUUAUAACACGUUAACAACAAAUUGAGGCAAUUCAUAAAUUGUUACUGAAAGUCUCAUUUUGACUUUUAUGUUCAUCAUAUUAUGUAACAACUUUUGCUAAUAUACUUUAAGUACAUUUACAUUAUUUUGAAGUAUGAUGAACUUUCAUUUUGGCCAAAUCACUUUGGUUUUCAUUAGGACUUAUAAUGCAAAGUUGUUGCGUAUCUUUUCAUGUAAGUUACUUAUAAUUUUAUAAAUUUUAUACUUUUUAACAUUUUCAUUUCAAUUUCUUGCUAUUAUUUCCAUGUUUAUUUUUCUUUCUCUCCCCCUUUUUAUGAUUUUGUUCUAUGGUUUAUAUAAAUUCAACCUAGUUUAUAUUUCAUUUUUGUAAUAAUAAUUAGCUUUUCGAUAAUUUGUACUGAAUAAAGUUGUACACAGCCAAACGUUGUCGAUAUUUUGUUAUGCGAUAAAGUGAAAGCUUUUUAAUUUCAGUAUUAUUUGAUUCAUUAUGUGAUAGUAUAUUGAUUGCUUUGCCUGUUUUUUUUUAUGUUGUUUGUAUUAUUAUUGAAUCAUAAGAAGCAUAUAUGUAUAUUAGCAGUUUAUAUAUAUAUACAUUAAUGUCAGCAGUGGACUGCAAACUGAAUAACAAAAAUUUAAAUUUAAAUUCCUGCAACAAAAAUUUUUGUUUACUUGGGAAAAAAAAAAAAAGUAUUUUUUGAAUUUGUAAAAAUGGAGUCAUAUUAGCUUAAUAUUUAUAAAUGCUAUUAAAAAUAAAUCAUGUCCAUUUAUGAGCCUAUGAUUAUUUAUAAAUACUAUAAAAAUAAAUCAUAUCCAUUUAUGAACCUAUGAUUAUUUAUAAAUACUAUUAAAAAUAAAUCAUACCCAUUUAUGAAUGGUUAGAAAUAAAUGAUAUUCUAUAAAUUACUUAUACUAUAGCCCCUUGUAUGAUGCGUAUCAAAACACAAGUAUUGUACUGUUUAAUGUGUUAUGUUAUCAAAAUUUGCUCAUUUUUGCAAUAUUUUGGUGCCUUUAAAAGUAAACUUCCUUAUUCAGACUCUCUUUUUUUUUAAAUUUAAUUUCAUAGCAUUAAAUGCAAUAUUUUCCAUAGUCACAGAAUGUGCCUCAUUUCUGAACAAAGCUGAUCUGUUAAAGUGAAUUAAUUGUGAGAGGUGUUAUCUGAAAAUUAAUUUCCAACUAAAAUAGAUAAGGUUAUGGAAAUAUGGGACAGUUAAUUAAAAUUAUUUAAAUAUAAAUUUAUUAUAUUUAAAUAUAAAAUUUAUAUAAUAUAUUUUUUGGAAAAAAGACCAUAAUGCAGCCAAAAUUAUGUUGAGAUUUUGUAUGUUAUUUUCCCCCCACUUGUUACGUUUGAGAAAUGCUUGUUAUUGGCAUAUCCCUAGCAAUACAGUAAAUGAAUUCAAUUGAAACUUCCAAAUUAAUGUUGUAAUCAUGAACAUUUCUUUAUGUCUAAGGCUGUAUAAUUUUGGCUAACAAGAAAGUAAUCUUUUAAAGUUCUGUUAUUUAGCAUAUAAAAAGCAAGCAGAGAAUUAUUUCCUACAAAUAAACAUUUCAUAAGCUUCUGUACAAAAGCUUGCUUAUUUCAGAGCUUAAGUUAUAAAGUGUUUAAUUUGUUAUUUUGUCUGUUAGUAGAGCUUACAUGUUUUCUUAUUUUAUUAAAAUAUUUAUUUUUCAUUAGUAAUUAUAAUAGUGUUGUUUAUAUAUAUAUUGUAUGUUAUGCUUUAAAAAUGUUAUGAAGAAUAUUUUGAAUUUCUAUUUUUUAUUAUCAUGACAAUAUAAAUCAUCCUUAGAACUGUUUCUUUUCUCCAAAAUAUUUAUUUGUUGUGCUCUUAAUAUUUUGUAUGUGUAUAGCCAUCUGCUGUUUCAAUGGUUAGUGGAAUUCUUUAGAUUUUGUCUUCUAAAUAUAUAAAACCUCUCCAAGUGUAAUAAUUUAACUAGUGCCUUCUGUGUAUACCAGUACACAUUUUCCUCACCAGAAAAUAUGUAAAUGUUACUAGAAAUUUGAUAUGUUCAGUGUAUAAUAGGAUAGGAAAAUAAACUGCAUUUCAUGAUGUAAAGUACUUCUUUAUCAGAAUGUUAAAUUUUCUUAUACAGUGUCCAAGUUUUUGCCCCGUAUUAAAAAAAAAAAAAAAAAAAAAAAAAAAAAAAAAAAAAUUAGUUUAAGUGUUGUUGAUUUAAAAUGCAAACUAAUUUCGUAUUUCUACUUUUCUCUAUGAUAAAAGGAAUAAUAUAAUUCAAAUUUUCAUAAUGCUGUACAAUUCAAAACAAAUUUUGAUCUAAAUAUAUGUUAUGCUGUUUCAGCAGUAUUGCUAGCAAUACUGUAGUGAAGUUGUGUUUUAUUGUACAAACUCAGAAGUUUUGCAUUUUAAAAUUUUUAUCAGAACUAAAAUAUCUGGCUGUAUGUGUGAUAUUAUGAGUAAUAUUGAUUUAUUUCUUAAAAUAAGAACCAAAAGAAUUGUUGGAUUGUGAUAAAGAAAUAAAAUGGCGUUUAAAAUGAGAGGGAACCUAAAGUGGAGCCGUUCAGAAAACCAUUUCAAAUAGGAUUGAUAAAAAAAUAAAUGUAACUUUUUUAAAUGCAUGUGAACUUUAAUUUGUUGUUUUGCUGCAAUUGUUUUAUCAAAUUCAAUGUUUUAAUUUAAAUAUAUGUGUUUUAUAAUGAAAUAUCUAUUUAUUUUAAAAUACUGAGUAUUCGUUUUUCAUCUUUGCAUACUUACCCUAGAGUAAAAGUGCAUCCACUUUCUUCCCUUGUCUGGUGUUAAUGAUUUUUAUUGUGUACUCUAUGUUGAAUUAAUUAUAAAUAAAUCUAUGGCUUUUUUAUUCAUACGAAA